GAGGUACUGAGAUUUGUUUGGCAUGCCUCAAACCCCAGAUGCAACAAAACUUUGGUUUUUGUGUGAAAGGAUUGAGAAAUCUUAAAUUCUUCUCCAGGUUUAUUUUAUUCAAAUUUUGCAGUAUAUACAAGGGGUAUCUGAGGGCCAGGUUUUUUCUCUAUGAAGCCAAGUUGUGUGGCCUCAAGUUAGGCUUCAAGAGAAACUUUUUAUCAUCUGUUUGUUCUUUUUCCUUAAAGAGUUUCCUUUUCCUGCUUCUCCUACUAUACUUGCAAAAAACAAGUGUGAUCUUCCCAGGCUCUGGCAUCUGUCUAAAUUACAGGGGUAGGGAGGUGGAAAGAGGAGUGAAACAGCAUUCAAGUUAUUACACAUGAUAUAGGCAGAGAAGUUGAUUCAAGCAGAUAAUGUGAUCUGAACUCGUUAUAUCAGCAAAUUCUUUGAAAAGAAGGAUAUCAGAUAUCGAUUACAGAAGCAGUUGUUAAGGCUUAAGCUUCAAUGGAGAAGCUUCUGAGGCCAUAUGAUAAGGAGUACAUGAGGAUGGCUAUGUUAAAACAUGAAGAAACAUUCAAAGAGCAGGUAUCUGAGCUCCAUCGUCUGUAUAGGAUUCAGAAGUUAUUGAUGAAAAGGAUAGAGAGCAAUAGGCCUAAUGGAUACAGGCAGGGGUCAUGGAACACGGACUUGAGACAGAAUAAUCUCCAUGAUCAUUUACAACUGAAUUCAAGGACAAGACUUGACCUGGAAUGUCCGGCUGAAGAAUACAUUGCAGAAUCAGAUUGCAACAAAAUGUUGGAGAUCAUAGAAGAGAGUGAGAUUGAGCUGACUUUGGGGCCUGCGAGUUACUCCAGGAGAAAGACACCAGCAACACCUUUCACAUCAGAUUCUGGACCAAGCUUCUCUUCUUCCUCCACAGAAUCCAGCCGUGUAAAGAAGACAAACUCCAUGACUCAUAGGAGAACAAAUACAACAACAGAAGAGUUAAAUGACCGUGAGUUGGGGCUUCAUCAGGGAACUGACAUGACAUUUGGGUACCAAAGUGGAAGUAAAAUCAACAUUGAUAUUGAAGAACAAUUGAGACAGGAGAGAUUAAAACAGCCUACUUGGCUCUUCCAAGUUCUAAGCAUAAAACAUGACUUGAAAAAAAUCUCCCAUGUCUUAUGAUUAGAUUUUAGACUGCUUCUUAAUUUCUUAUUGACUAAUUCCUGUGAUUGGUGAUGUUUUUGUGUGUACUUUUUUUCUCAGAUUUUACCAAUGAUCGGGCAUCGAAUCUCCUGUAAAAAUUACUUUGUGUUCUCUUGUUUGCAUUAUCCAGUAAGAUUACAGAUUGACUUCAUGUUUUUGUUUAGAUUCAAAUCAAUCAAAAAUCUUCUU